CUUGAUUUAUGCUAUCAUAAUAUUUAUCUUUCACUUAUCACUGUUUGAUUGACAACAUACUGUGAGUGGCGAGUGUUUGUGAUCAGACGGCGAGAUUCCGAGUUGAUAUCAUCAUUCGUUAAUAAGAUCUCGACAACUCAAGAUAUCUAUAAAUAUUGGUUAGCUUCACUCGGCUACCGAAUAGAUUAUUGUGUAUAAAUUGAUAGGUGUUAAACAUUUUAUUUUUCAUUUCAAGUUUGUUGGAGAAUACAUCACAUUUUGCGUCAUGAGUUUCCAAAACAAAGUGGUGUUAGUGACUGGUGGUAGCUCUGGAAUUGGAGCAGCCAUUGCUAUCAAGUUUGCUGAAGAAGGUGCGAAAGUUGCAAUAGUGGGAAGAAACAAGGAGAAACUGAAUGACGUCGCGAAAAAAUGUGGCAAUCCUUUAGUGAUACAAGCUGAUGUUACCAAAGAUGUAGACGUUAAAAGGAUUGUCAAUGAAACGGUGAAGAGUUAUGGUCAAAUUGAUGUUCUUGUAAACAACGCUGGUAUUGUGCAAAUAGCUAGCAUCGAAGCGGAGAACGCUAUAGAAGUGUUUGACAAAGUAAUGUCGACUAACUUGCGCUCAGUGGUUUACUUAACCAACCUUGCGGUUCCUUACCUGAAGAAGACUAAAGGUAACAUAAUCAAUAUAUCAAGUAUUGCUGGGAUUCGUGUACUUUCCAAGGAAGGAUUUUGUUACGACACAUCCAAAGCAGCUUUGGAUCACUUCACUAGAUCCAUAGCUCUUGAACUAGCUUCCAGUGGCGUUCGUGUCAAUGUUAUCAAUCCAGGACCCGUUAAGACUGAUAUUAUCUCAAAUAUGGGUACACCAAAAGAAAUGGAAGAUGUUAUUUUGAAAAACAUGCAAAGUAUGACGGCUUUGGGAAGGAUUUCUGGUCCUGAAGAGAUAGCACAUCUUGCUCUGUUUCUAGCAAGUGACAAGGCUGAUGCCAUUACUGGUUCAUCUUUUGUGAGUGACAAUGGAAUGUUACUGAAAGCAGGAGUUUUGACUUUCUAAAUAUCU